GAGUGGCGAAGUCCCUCUGGCCAUGGCGGAUCCCCCUCCGGACAGCCUGGAGGGCUGGGUGGCGGUGAAGGCGGACCCCUUCGGCCCCGCCGAGCCGGCCCACAACCUCCGCUUCCUGGCGGCCUGGAACGGCGUGGAGGGCCAGUUCGCGCUCACCUGCCACAACCGGACGCUGCAGGAGCGAGCGGGACCGGAAGCGGGAGAGGAGCCCACCACCUGGGCGGCCUUGUUUACCCCGCAGGCGCUGAGGGGGCUCCACGGGCAGCUCUCCGCCUUGUCCCCGGCGCUGGAGGCGGCCUUCCCGGCGCUGCCCGAGGCGCUGACGGGCUCCCCCUCCUUGCUGUUCUUCCCCAGCCGCCCGGGGGUGAGCGAGGCCGAGCUGGAGGCGCUGUGCCGCCGCCUGGAGCGCUACCUGGGCUGGGCCGCCGAGCUGUGCGGGAGGAGAGCCCUGCUCGACGCCCUCUUCGCCUGCGACGCCCGGGAGGAGGAGCGCUACUUCGAGGGCCUGGCCGAGCUGCGCAGGAAGGGCCUCAAGGCCGGGCUGGGGCGCGCCAAGGAGGGCCUGCGGCAGAUCCUCCAUCAGCACAAAGACACGGACAAGAUGGUGGCCUUACUGGAACUCUAUCAAGAGGAGGAUGAAGCUUACCUGGAACUCGUGACUGUGGCCACUGAAUUCUACCAAUAUUUAUUGCAGCCGUUUAGAGAUAUGCGUGAACUCGCAACCUUAUACAGACGAGAGAUCCUCAAAUCCCUGCAGGCCAACAAACUGGGGCCUAAAAGAGUAGAAUCCUUACAGAAAGAAGCAGAGGAGUGGAGGAAUCAGGCCGAAGAAGCUGUGAACUCCAUUCAAGACAUCACAGUCAGUUACUUCAAGGAAACCGUGACAGCACUAGCAGCGAUGCAGAAGCAAAUAGAGCAAGACCGGAAGCGGUUUGGCCAAGCUGCCUGGGCAUCAGCUUCUCCAAGGUUAGAAAACCUGAAGUAUUUAUUAGCGAAAGAGACCCUUCAGUACAUGAGAGCCAAAGAGCUGUGCCUGAAGCACAAAAGAGCCGACAUCCAGAAACAGAUGGAAAGUCUGAAUGAGCAAGAAAAUGACGUGGCUCAACUAGAAGAGCUAGAAAUAGAGUACUACGAAACCCAGCUGGAACUGUAUGAAGUGCAGUUUGAGAUCCUGAAGAACGAAGAGCUGCUGCUCACUGCUCAGUUGGAGACGUUAAGGAGGCGGAUGAAAGGUAAGAAAGCAAAGAAUUCAUUUCCCCCUAUCAACCAUCUCAGAGGGUAAGGUCUUCUGGGGAGACCCUGCUCCCCAUCUCACCUUCUUUGCAAGUGUAGUUGGUGAGGAAAGGAGAACAGGGCUUUCUCGGUGGUGGCCCCUCGGCUCUGGAACUUCCUCCCAGUGAAAUCAGAUCAGCGCCCUCCCUCUUGGCCUUUGGAAUGAAAGGGGAAACAUGGCUGUGGGACCAAGGCUUUGGUCCAUAAAGUAAUGCAGUGCUAGAAAUGGAUAUGGAAUAUGUGCAAUUGGCAAUCGGAAUGGCUUCAGAUUACGAUUUUGGACUGUGUGGUUUU